AUGGAGCCUCCCAAUGUUAUGUCAGAUCAAGAAAGUGAUAGUGUUGUUGCUUCUGCUGAAACCCAAAAAAGCCCAAGAGUAAAGUACACGUCUAUGAUCUCUACAGCCGACACCCCUAGCUGGCUUUCAAAAUAUCUCUCUCUCUCCCUCUCUAAACGUCACCGGUUUAAGAUUCCGAAGCGAGAGGCCGACACAUCGCGACGGUCGUCGGAAUCUCUGAUGGAUCGUGUGAAGACGAGCUGUUUAUCCAUGGUGGUCACGGUUCAGGAAGGGUUUAGCUACGUCAAAGCCUUUUUUGUCGGCCAGACAAGAAGGCUGACGGCAAAGAGCGAGAAAGAAGCUACGGAAGCUCAGCUAACAGAGUCAAAAAUGCAAGUUGACGCAACCGAUGAAGCAGAAAACGCCAAGAAGAGGCUUCAUCAUUCUUCUUAAUGUUUGUGGUAAUUUAACGUGUGUUUUUAACUAAUUCUAAUGUCUUUUAAAUAUUUAUUUUAUUUGCGUUUCUGAAAAUGUUAAACGGAUGAUGUUUAAAAAAAAAGCAAUGAAGCAACGUAGAAUUCUCAAAAGUAAUUCUAGGUGCUUUUUUUUUGUGGAUUCGUAUAAAAGCAAUUGAUAUAUGCUUACUUGCUAAGUGCGUUUUGGA